AUGCUUCCUGGGGCUGUCUGCAUGGUGGUUGGUCGACCUUCAAGGACAUUUGUAACGCUUCAAAACAGUAUCAAGAUAUGGUCCCAUGCAAUCUCAACUGAGAUCCAGCCGAUACAGCCUGAUCCUACUCACAUCAGGCUAGCUGCAAAGGCAAAGCUGCAAGCCAUAGAUGACAUACGUCCAUUCUCAAGUAAUCUGACUGAUACCUUCAAUCGCCAACAUUCUUAUCUGAGGAUUUCCCUGACGGAACGUUGCAACCUAAGAUGUACAUACUGUAUGCCUGCUGAGGGAGUACCGUUGACUCCCAAGCCAGAACUAUUGACCACUACCGAAAUCCUAAAGUUGGCAAGGCUCUUUGUUCAAGAAGGUGUGACCAAAAUCCGAUUGACUGGUGGUGAACCUACUGUUCGCCCUGACUUGCUAGAUAUCAUCGCUGGUUUGAAUGAGUUACGACCGCUGGGAUUGAAGACUAUUGCCAUGACUACGAAUGGCAUAGUUUUGAAGCGAAAACUGCCUGAGCUAGUCAAGAAUGGCCUUGACAGCUUGAAUAUCAGCCUAGACACACUUGACAAGUUCAAGUUUGAGCUCAUGACACGUAGAAGAGGAUGGGAGGCUGUCAUGGAAGCAAUAGAUACAGCCAUCAAACUAAACGUCCCAUCAAUCAAACUCAAUGCUGUCGUCAUGAGAAACGUCAAUCAUAAGGAAGUCAUUCCAUUUGUCGAAUUGACCAAAGAUUGGCCGAUAUAUAUUCGAUUCAUUGAGUACAUGCCGUUCGAUGGCAACAAAUGGAAUCAAGACAAGAUGGUACCAUACACGGAUCUAUUAGCAGAUAUCAGGAAUAAAUAUCCCAAUGUUACGAAAAUAUCGGAUGAACCAAAUGAUACUUCAAAGGCAUUUUCUAUUCCUGGAUUCAAAGGCCAAUUCGGAUUUAUAACAUCCAUGAGUGACCACUUUUGUGGUACUUGCAAUCGACUGCGGAUUUUGGCUGAUGGAAAUAUGAAGGUCUGCUUGUUUGGGAAUGCUGAAGUCAAUCUACGAGAUGCUAUGAGAGACGGUGCUUCUGAUCAGGACUUGUUGGAGGUCAUUGGAGCUGCAGUUAAACGAAAAAAGAAGCAGCACGCAGAUCCGUUUGCAUCUGUGACGACAUUAAGCAAAAGCCUAUUUAAUAUACCACCAUCUUUGUUGCAUCAUUCACACCUCAUUCAUACACGACGACCUUUAUUACAUUCAUCGUGGUAUACCUCUAAUAAUUCAUCAAUUGCGUUCACUCCUACCCAUCAGCAAAAUUAUCAUCAACAACAUUACUACUCGACUUCACCUCGCCUGACACACACGGAUGACAAGGGACGAGCAUCAAUGGUGUCGAUAAACUCCAAACCAACCACUAAACGCCACGCCAUAGCUCGUGGACGAGUAAAUCUAGGCGCCACAGCAUAUAAUCUCGUCAAGACAAACGCGAUAACAAAGGGAGAUGUUUUGACUGUUGCUCAAAUAGCAGGAAUACAAGCAGCCAAACAAACAGGCACCUUGAUUCCUUUAUGUCAUCCACUAAACCUGUCGCAUGUGUCAGUGACUUUCAAAUUUGAGGAUGACGGGAAUGCGGUGGUGGUUGAAGCUCGAGCUGAUUGUGAGGGCCGGACUGGUGUUGAGAUGGAAGCUAUGGUGUCUGUGUCUAUUGCCUGCUGUACUAUAUAUGAUAUGUGUAAAGGUGUUGAUAAGGGAAUUAGGAUUACGGAUGUGGAGUUGGUUGAGAAGGAUGGUGGAAAGAGUGGAUUGUGGCGUAAAGAAUAA